AUGAAGCCGAAAUUCUGGUGCAAACCGGCAACAUUUUACACCUGUGAUGCUGACAUCGUCAUCACCUCGGAGCAGCAUCCCGUGGUGCGGUGGGACCGAUUCUCCAUACAGGACAAUCGCGCACAGCAGGUCUUCACGGUGACCAUGGAAAGACUGGCCGAGGGGGACGCGGGGACCUACCGCUGCGGAGUGCGAACGCUCAAACUCCUGCGUGAUGAUAGUGACGAUGUGGAGGAGAUUGUGUUCACAGCUCCUUCUUCCUCUGCCCCGGCAUCGUCCUACCCUCUGGCCACCGAGCACCCUGAUCUCACUAGCUCUGUAUCAGUCCCCACACAGAAAACUCGCCAGGGGAAAACUGUGGAACUGGGACCAAAUCUCUCCCACCACGGAGGCUCCAGCCCUCCACGCUUGGACGUGGUUGAGCACAUCCUCACUCCAGGCAUCAUAGUGGUUCUUCUUUUGCUUGCGGUUGCUGCUGGCGUUUUGGCAAUGCUGUCCAGGAAGAGGAAGAAGGCCCUCUCUGGAGCAGCUGUAGAGAUGGACCGGACUUGCAGCGCAUCGCAUACAGGAGCGGAUGCCUUGAACUAUGCGGACAUUAACCACCACAUGGGCACAGCCGAGAGCCAGUUGUACAGCAAUGCUGAGGCUUUCCGCUGCUUGGCAAACACCGCGACCGAAUACAUGGAGGUCAAGCAGAGCGAUAAGCGUUUGGUAGAGGAAAAAGAGGCUAUGUAUGCCAGUGUGCGGAAGUCCCCGCCGGAGCAGCAGGAGAUCUACGCCAACAUGCCAUCAGCCCCACGGCCCAAAGAAGAGCCCUACAGCGCAGUGCGGAGGGUGUGA